AUGUCGCUUGUUACUCUAUCGUCCCUUCCGGACCCAGUCCUCCAUCUAAUAUCCGUAUACCUCGCGCCCGAUCGGCCCAGUGUCAAUGACGUUGAAGAAGGCCAACAGCCAACACUCUACCGCCAUAUCAUCAACCUCUCAUUGACGGCGCACUCACUCAAUCGCAUUUCCUCCGUACACAUUGCGAAGAACAUCAGCUUAACAAUUGCCAACACGCGUUGGGAUCUGUUCCUACGCACCGUAACCUCGAAUCCCACCUACGCGUCGACCGUCAAAUACCUGAAGAUGAGCGAAGGCAUUAUCGACGACAACUACGGCAAACGUAUGGAGGCCAUGCUCACAGCGCUGAGCGGAUUGGAGGCCCUAUACGUGCAUCAUAGCAAACGAAGCCACGCCAACGCCAUCCAACAGCUUAUCACCUCAAAGCCAAUACCACUAUGGGACACAUUGCAUGUACUGCGCUUCAACCACACCAACAGCUGGGGCGAACCGGCCAUUGUGCAACUCGAUUUCGAGCGCAAAGAAAUAGACAAGAAAGGCGGAUUAGGCUACACAGCUGGCACUGAGCUGCUCACUGGAGAGCUAGAGGAUUUAAGCGUUCACAGGUUUCUGGAUAUACCAGUCAUAAGUAAGGUCAAGGUUUCCACACGCGACUUUGAGAACGAUGGCGAUGACCAGGACGACGCGGAUUGGGUGGAUGAAGAGGACGAAGACGCGGACGAUGAUAGCGAUGGCUGGAGUGAGCGCGAUUAUGAGGAUAACAGCGAGGAAAGCGAUUGGGAUUCAGAGGAUGAGAGUGACUACGAAGACGAUUGGGAGGCGGAGUAUGGGUUUGCUGUUCCAAAGGCUGAGCCGGCUAAGGAUCUAUCGGUUCCCAAUGCUGCGGUCGUUGGUCCGGGGAGAAGUCUUUUGGACUUUUGA